GGAAAUAUGGCUUGGCUUCAUUUCAGCCGAAAUCGCUUACCGUCCUGAACGUUACUUCAGCGACGAAUUUGUGCUUCAUGUCGUCAAUCGACCGCAUCUGCGAUUCCUUUCGACAAUCAAAGGGGUACUACUGCCGCUUCCAGAAGACCUCACAAUGAUGAGUGAUACGCCAUUCAAGGACCUGCAAGAACUUGAAAUCACAGCUAAAUACGAGACGCUCUGCUCACUCGUCCCUUGUCUGGAUCGUCUCACCAAAUUAAGUAUUUCCCUUGUGAGAGAUGCCGAUUGCCGAAUCAUCAAUGCAGCCCUUAGGUUGCUUUCCGUUUGCAAAGAGGUACAGACGCUAGAAGUAGAGGAGGGAUUUUACGACACUGAUCUCGACAACGAAAACUACAAAUGGUCGACAAUCGAGGGCUCCUCUCUGGCCAGCCUCGUCAACGGUUGCCAGAAACUAGAAGUCUUGGUCGUUACGAAAGAUAAUGAUGGUCCAUCCGCGUUCUCCCAGGAAGGCUUUACAGAAGCCAUUUAUGAAGAGAUUGCGAUGUGUCUCAACAAGCUAGUGCACAUACAUCUGGAUCUUCUUGAUCUCAAAACCGACGAGAGCACUGUAGUGGAGGAAACUGUAGUGACAGGCAUCUUUGAGAGGCAUUGCCCGAAUCUCGAGAUUUGCUUAAUCGGUCAUUGAUCUCCAUCUUCGGCGACAGUCUUCAUUCCAGAAGAUAUCGACCAGUCACCACUACCACCAUGUCUCAUGCCUCGCUCGGUCUUCUAGCCACUCACCUGAAGAUCUUGAGCUGGAUGCACAGGGUUUACAAUCCUGCUGUAAGAGACGAGAGCAACACCGACGAUCUUUGAGUACGGGCGCGCCGGAACUAGUCCAGCGGCGAACUCGUAAUUUAUCUGUCGAGACAAAACCGCGAUGCAAUGAUAG